CUUUGCGCGCGCGCGGUUGCCUGCAGACCCGGAAGCGGGUUUCGUGGAGCGGUGGCCAGUCUGUGGAGUGAUUGAAUUCCCAAGCCUGAUCCUGCCUGAGGAAGAAUCCUGGAAAGGGAGGAAGAGCAAAGGAAAGGAGUCGGGAAUGGCCGUCUGUCAGGGAUGGUUGACCUUCAGGGAUGUGGCCAUAGAGUUCUCUCAGGAGGAGUGGGAGUGCCUGGACCCCGCUCAGAGGGCCUUGUACAGGGAUGUGAUGCUGGAGAACUACAGGAACCUGGUCUCCUUGGCUCUCUCUCCCAAAUGUGUGAUCAAGGAACUGCCACCAAAAGAAAACAGUAAUACAGGGGAAGUAUUGCAGACAGUUAUAUUGGAAAGACAUGAAAGCCGUGACACCGAAGAUUGUGGCUUCAGAGAAAUCCAGAAAAGUUUUCACGACUCUGAGUGUCAGCGGAGAGGCGGUGAAAGAAAUUACGAAGGUGUGCUCGUGACCCUUAACAAAAACCUGACUGGUAGAAGAGACGCAGGGAAUGAGCCGAUUGAAGACAGGUCUGGACUAAGCUUUCAGUCACGUCUGGCUGGCGUGCAGAUACUUCAGACUGAAGGGAAAAUUUACGAAUGUCACCAAGUGGCGAGGUCUGUCAACGAUAGUGCCUCAGUUUCACUACUUCACACAAUUCUUCCAAGAGUCCCGACCAACAUCUCUAAUGAACGUGGGAAUGAUCCCUUGCGUUCUUCAUCACUCACACAAGACCAGAAAGCGCGCAUCAGGGAAGAACCUUACACACGUGAGGAGUGUGACAAAGCAGUGAAUCCCGGUCUACACCCCACUAGACGUCAGGUAAUCCAGACAGGAGAGAAACCGUAUAAAUGUGACAUAUGUGGGAAGGUCUUCAGUCGCAACUCGCACCUCGUACGUCAUCACAGAAUUCACACCGGAGAGAAACCUUACCACUGCAAUGAGUGUGGCAGGGCCUUCAGUGAGUGUUCAGGUCUUACGAGCCAUCAGGUGAUCCAUACGGGAGAGAAGCCUUACAAGUGUAAUGAGUGUGGCAAGGUCUUCAGUCAGAGCUCAGGCCUGGUGAGUCACCGAAGAAUUCACACGGGAGAGAAGCCUUACAAGUGCAACGAAUGUGGCAAAGCCUUUACCUACGGCUCACAGCUCACUAACCACCAGGUAAUCCAUACCGGUGUGAAACCCUACAAAUGUAACGAGUGUGGCAAAGCCUUUAAUCAGAGCUCACAUCUCACUAGACAUCAAAUAAUCCACACGGGAGAGAAACAUUACAAGUGUGACGAAUGCGGGAAGGUCUUCAGUUACGAUUCACACCUUGCGCGUCAUCGCAGGACUCAUUCUGGAGAGAAGCCUUACCAGUGCCAUGAGUGUGGCAGAGCCUUUACUAUGCUGUCGAGCCUUACUUACCACCAGGUGAUCCAUACCAGAGAGAAACCUUACAAAUGUAAUGAAUGCGGCAAGGUCUUCAGUCAGAGUUCAAGCCUGCCUAGUCAUCGGAGAAUUCAUACUGGCGAGAAACCUUACCAGUGUGAUCAGUGUGGCAGAUCGUUCAUUCAACGCUCCAACCUCACUAGACACCAGAUGAUCCAUACUGGAGAGAAACCUUAUAAGUGUAGUCAUUGUGGCAAGGUCUUCACUCAGAAUUCAAGCCUUGUGAGCCAUCAGAGAAUUCAUACCGGGGAGUAAUCUGACGAACGUAGGGAGUGUGACAACGCAUUUGAUUUGAAGUUCAAGCAUGAGUCGGCAUCAGAGAGCCCACACUAAAGAGAAAUCACAUAAAUGGAACGUGUGCGGCAGAGGACUUACACAGGCUUCGCAACUCACUGGACAUCGGGAUCUACAUCUCUGAUAAAACCACAUUAAUGUAAUGUGCAUGCUAAGGCUUCUACCCAUGGAUCAAACCUACAGAACAUCACAGGGCCCACACCGGAGAGCAGCCUUACAAAUGUAAUGAAUCUGAGAGGGCCUUUUUUCAAACAUCCUGCCUUUGAUGUCUUUGAUGACAGAGCGUGAGUGGGGGAGGGGCAGAGUGAAAGGGAGACACGGAAUCUGAAGCAGGCUCCAGGCACUGAGCUGUCAGCACAGAGCCCGACGCGGGGCUCGAACCCACGGACCGCAAGACUGUGUGACCUGAGCCGAAGUCGGACGCUCAACCGACUGAGCCACCCAGGCGCCCUCAGAGAGUUUCUAUGAGGAAUAAAAUAAUGAAAUCUCAAGUUCUCUAAAGUGAGAUACCGAAAUAGUACACACCACAGGAUAAUUGUUUUUUUUUUUUCAAAAUACCACAGAAUAAAGUCAAAAUGUGUUAAAACUCCAGAUGGGAAGAUAGAUAACACAGAGAUAGAGCAAAGGUAUAUGGAUACUGAGGAUAAUGUUCCAUGGAAUCUUUUCUGGUUUAAAGUAUUAUUGUUUUACAUUUCACAUUUAAAGCUAUGAUCAUUUUUGAGCUAAUAUUAGUACAGGUAUGAAGUUUUUGUGGAGUUUUUUUUGUUUUUUUUAAAUUCUCUUAGUUUCCUUGGUACCUUUGUCCGAGUUCAAUUGGAAGUACUUGUGUGGGGCCAUUUCUGGGUUCUCUGUUCUUUUCCAUUGAUUUAUUUGUGUCUCACUCCACGAAUACAAUGUAGUUUUGAUUACUUUUUACUAUAUUAGAAAUCUUGCAUGAAGAUUCUGACCACUUUAUUCUUUUUCAGAUGCUCUAGCUAUUCUAGUUCCUUUGCCUUUCUUUAUAAAUUUUAGAAUAAUCUUGUUUGUAUUGUAGAAAAUACCUUGAUAGAAAUUACAUUAAUCUAUCAAUUUGUAAUCGUUUGACAUCAUUUCUAUGUUGUAUCUUCCAGUAAAUGGCUGUGGUAGGUCUCUAUUUGUGUAAACUUUUAUAGAUUUUAGCAUAAAAAUCCUGUUAAUGUUUUUGUUAGAUUAACAUAUGUGUGUACUUUUUCCUUUUUGAGCAAUUGUACACAUAAUUGUAUUUUUAAUUUCAGUUUCCAUGUGUUAACUGCUACUGCAUUGAAGUAAUAUAGAUUUUUUUAAUGUCGAUCUUGAAUAUCUAGAAUUUACUAAUCUUACAGGGCGCCUGGCUGGCUCAGUUAAAGAGCAUGCAACUCUUGAUCUCCAGGGCAUGAGUUUGAGCCCCACUUUGGGUGUAGAAAUUACUAAAAAAGUAAAUAAAUAAACUUAAAAAAAAGAAUUUACUAAUCUCACUUUAGAGAUUUGUAGCUUCUCUGGGCUUUUUUCUUUUUUUUUUUUUUUUAAAUGUUUGUUCAUUUUUGAGACAAAGACAGAGCAUGACCAGGGGAGGGGCAGAGAGAGAGAGAGGGAGACACAGAAUCUGAAGCAGGCUUCAGGCUCUGAGCUGUCAGCACAGAGCCUGAUGUGGGACUCGAACUCACAAACCGCCAGAUCAUGACCUGAGCCCAAGUCAGACGCCUAACCGACUGAGCCACCCAGGAGUCCCUCUUUGGGCUUUUCUGUGUACACCAUUUCGCUAGCUUCCUAAUGUGGCUGUAAAAAGUUACCCCAAACUAAGUGAAUUAAAACAAUAAAAUUUAUUCUCUUUUACUUCUCCACAUAAGGUGUCUAGAAUGGAUCCACAGCACUGUUAGCCUUCUUGAUAUUCCAGGGAGGAAUUUGUUUCCUUGCACUUUCCAAGUUCUGGAGACUGCUUAAUUGCCUUGCCUGAUAGCCCACUUCCUCUAAGGUAGCAUCUUAACAUCUGUCCCCAUCCUGCUUCUAUCAGAGCAACGACUUCUCUGUGUCUCCAACUCCACUUAUAUCCUUCUUAUCACACCCUCCUGAUUAUAUCAUGUUUGCCAGGUAAUCUAGGAUCAUCUUGCAUCUCAGGAUCCUUAACUAGGGCAGAAGGACAAACUCUUUUUGCAAACUCUCUUUUGACAUAGAAUGUAACCCUCACAGGUUAUAGGGAUGAGGGCUAUCCUUUUGGUGGGGGGUGAGAGGCGUGGGGAGGCAUUCAUCUUACUGCAACUGCAAUACCUUCUGUUGAUGGGUACAUUAUUAAACCUUCCUUUCUGGUCUACAUCACUUUUCUUUCCUUAUUUCAUUGGCUCUAACUUAUAGUACGUUGACUAGCAGUGGGAACAGAGGACCCCCUUAUCUCCAGUCUGGGAGAACUAUUCACUCUUUCACCCUUAAGAUUGAUGUUUGCUGUACGGUAAUUUUGUAGCUGUUCUUAUAUUGAGUUGAGGAAGUUUCCCUUGGUAUGUUGAGUUCCGUAUAUAUUUUGAAUAUUAACAUCCUUUCAGAUACAUAGUUUGCAAAUAUUUUCUCCCAUUGCAUAGAUUGUCUUUUCACUCUUGAUGGCUUCUUCUGCUGUGCAGAAAGAAGUUUGUCCCUUGUAGUUUGAUGUGGUCACGCUUGCCCAUUUUAGCUUUGUUCCCUCCUGCCUCCCCAUGCUGUUGGGGUCAAACUCAAAAAUCAUUCCAUAGGCCAAUGUCAAGAAGCUUUCUCCUGUUUUCUUCUAGGUUUCAGGUUUUACACUUAAGUUGUUGACACAUUUUUUAGUUGAUUUUUAAGUGUGAUGUGAGACAAAAGUCCACUUUCAACUUCUGCAUAGGGAUGGACAUCCAAUUUUCCCGGCACCGUUUGUUGAAGAGACUAUUCGUUUCCCCAUGGUGGGUUGUUGGCAUCCUUGUUUGCACAUCAGUUGACCGUAAAUACAUUAAGAUACUUUUCUUCCCUCUGAAACAGCCUCUUAAGGGAAUUUGGCUCUCUCACCCCUCCCCUUUGCCUCAUCACGUUCUUCCUCAGAACUGCUAUGAGGAGAAUGGGUUUGGGCAUUGGGGGGCCCUCCUGCCUAUUUCUAGGCACAGAUGCAGAUAAAAGGGUGCAAAGGACGUACAGGUUGGUAAGUGGGUUUGUGGAGUUUUUGUGGCUGGAGCCUGUGUUUCAAGAGUUCCUUGUAGCACCAAGUCUUCCACUCCUAAAGGGCCCAUUGGUUGCUCCACAUAAAAAUUAAAAUUCAUGGGGCACCUGAGUGGCUCACUUGGUUAAGCGACCAACUCUUGGUUUUGGCUCAGGUCAUGAUUUUGCAGUUUGUGGGUUCGAGCCCCACGUCGGGCUCUGCAGCUGGCAGCACGGAGUCUGCUUGGGAUUCUCUGUCCCUCUCUCUCUGCCUCUCUACCCCUUACAGUCUCUCUUUCUCUCAAAAUAAAUAAGUAGAUAAACAAAAACAUUAAAAUUCAUGAAGACAAAUGAACAAACCAUCAGAAAAUCCCUUGGUACCAUUUCUGUCUAUUCCUCUCUUCAUGUUUGUUCAUUUGUUCAUUAUUUUUUUUAAGUAAUCUCUGUGCCCAACGUGGGGCUUGAACUCACCACCCUGAGUUCAAGUUGCAUGCUCUACCACUGAGCCAACCAGGUGCCUCUCUUCAUGUAUAUUUAGCAACCACCACACAUAAGAUCAUUUUAAUUAUCAACAAUAAGGUGAGCUGUUUCACGCAGCACUUCUGAGACCAAACGUGUGAGGUUUUCCCUACACCAACCAAUUCUCCAGCUCUCUGGACACCAACUGGGUGUCUUACAAUUAAUUCAGUUCUGAAGCCAACUGGGAAUUUCCACAGACCACAGAGAUUAACGACUCAGUCUCACAACACUGCCGCCACUUCAGAUGCCAAUCACAAGUCCUGGGCCUCUUGUACUUCUGGCCAACUGGCUAUAAAUGGCUACAAAUUCCAGUAUAUUCUUUUUUUUUUUUUUUAAGUAGGCUUCAUGCCCAACAGUGAGCCCAAUGCAGGGCUUGAACUCAUGACCCUGUGAUCAAGACAUGAGCUGAGAUCAAGAGUCACUCAACUGACUGAGCCAUCCAGGUGCCCGAAAUUCCAGUAUAAUCUUGAGUAGAAGUGGUGAUAUACAGGGUUCAGUUCUCAAUUCUUUACUCCUGAUCAUAACAGAAAUGCUUCUGACAUUUGGCUGUCAAAGUUCUGUAUUCAUUGUAGAUGGAUACUAUAGAUCAGAUUAACUUUCCUCCUCAUGUUAUGUACUGAACACACAUUUAUAGUUUAAAUAUAAUAGUGUUUAAAUGUUUAAAGUGCUUUUCUGAAGUUACUAGCAUAAUGGAGACGUAAUCACAUCAUUGGGUGUAUAUACCACAGUAUAUUAAAAUGCAGGCAUUACUAGAGUAAAACCUUUUUAGCCAUAGUGCAUAUUCUAAUGAUUCAUUUUGCACCGCAUUCCAGAAGUCAAACUGCUUUCUCUUUGAUAUCCUAAGAUGAAGGAUAUACUAGCAAUACUACAUUUUUUUUUUUUUUAUAUGUUUGCUUCUGUUCUGAAAAAAUUUUGUCUGUAAGUGGGGAGAACUGUGAAUAAAUACCUUGAAAAAGUGGGAAAGUUCCCUGGAAGGUGAUCAGAGUCCUGUUGAAUAUUCAAAGUUUUCAAGUUAUGGAUGCUUUUCUGAUUUCUAAUUCUUAAUUCCAUUUUAGUGAUCUAUCUGCACGGAAACUAUUCUCAGUUCUCAAAUUAGUAAAGAUAAAGUUGUUCACAGUAAUUCCUACAGGUUUUGAAAAUCUCUUAUCAAUAGUCUUACUGUAAUUAGUAUUCAUAAGUACUAAUACUAAUAAAUAUAGUUUAAUUAGUAUUGUU